CAGGAUUCAGCGGCGUUUACCGACAGGUCCGAUAACCCACUCUGGCUCUUAAAUAGCACAAGCCCGCUUUACCUUCACUUUAACUAUGUCGUCCUUAAAGGUUCAUUCAGAGUAUUCUUCUGCUCCAUAACAGGUAUCUCCUCAUCACAAAUGCAGAAUGCGGUGCAGUCCUGGUUCCAUGCUCAACCUGCUUCGCAGCGGGCGUAUACGAUUCUGCAGCAGGCGAGGGAAGAGCAGACUCCCCCUGUGGCUCAGGAAAAUAUGGGCCUACAUGAGGCUGCUGGUGCAGUCGCUUUGUUUCAACACCCUCACAGACUCUGAUGUAGUGUUUGACUCCAUCUUUGAACCAGUGUUUUGGACUGUGGAUUAUGUCACACGCUGGUUUGGCUUGGUGUUUGUUUGUCUGGUGGUGAUUCUGACCAGCUCCAUUUUGGUGAUAGCCUACAUAGUGCUUCUUCCUCUAAUCUUAAACACUUACUCCCCUGCAUGGAUUGCUUGGCACAUUUGUUAUGGACACUGGAAUCUCAUCAUGAUCGCUUUUCACUACUACAAAGCUGCUAAGACCUCCCCAGGGUACCCCCCCACAGAAAAAAAUGACAGGCCGUUUGUGUCGGUCUGUAAAAAGUGCAUCAUGCCUAAACCAGCAAGAACACACCACUGUGGUAUCUGUAACAGGUGCAUUCUGAAAAUGGACCAUCAUUGCCCUUGGUUAAAUAAUUGCAUAGGACAUUUUAACCAUCGCUACUUCUUCUCUUUCUGCCUCUUCAUGACCCUGGGCUGUGUCUACUGUAGCAUCAGCGGCAGAAACCUGUUCCUCGACGCGUACAACGCUCUUGAGCGGUUUAAGCAUUUGGAUUUGGAAAAGCCAGGGAUUCCUGUAACAGGGAUGGGACUUCUUAUAGGGCUUCUCCCAUCUGGCCAGACCAACUUCCACACGCCUGCACCUUCAUACACCUUUAAGGAAAGGAUGAUUCAUAAGAGCAUCAUCUACAUGUGGGUUCUCACCAGCACUGUGGGCGUGGCUCUGGGAGCUCUAACUGUAUGGCACGCAGUUCUAAUAUCCAGAGGGGAGACAAGCAUUGAUAGGCACAUUAACAAGAAGGAAAUACAGAGACUGGCAGCAUGGGGAAAGGUUUAUAGAAACCCUUUCAACUAUGGCAAGCUGAACAACUGGAAAGUAUUCUUGGGAGUGGAGAAAAGAAGCCACUGGGUAACACGCGUCCUGCUCCCAUCCGGCCACCCACCAUAUGGUGACGGCUUGACGUGGGACAUCUUCCCAGUUAGAAAGGACUUGAUACCUGUAUGACCGACUGCUUCAGCAAACCUAUAGCCUGAAAUCAGUGCUAUAUCAACCCAUUUUUAUCCAGCUGGCUCGCAUGGUGGCUCCACUCGGCACUAUUGACCUCCAUUACCUCAAUAAGACAGGGACUGCAUAUGAAUUAUGCAAUAUAAAUAUGUCUUGCAACAAGUUGAUGCUACUUGAGUCAGAGCUACAAUAAUGCUGACUGAAUUAUUUGUUAAAAUAUCUUCAAGGUAAAAUAUUUCAUCUAUUUUUUUCCCAAUUUGUUUAGUGUUUUAAAAAAAAUGUCUUAGAGACACACUAAAGUUGAAAAUGAAGUGGGUCAGUUUUGUUUUCCUAUUCCUGUAUUUUCCAUGUUAAUUUAUCAAAAGCCACUCAAAUGGUAACACAUGCUUAAAGCAUUCAAUUCCAUUCAAACACUACCCCGAUGAUGUUGUCUGUACUUUGCAUAUGUUAAUAAAUUUUUAUUACUUUUUUAGAAACCUUUUUUCAUUUUUUGUAUGGUAUGACAUGGUCACGUUUUAGAAAUGUGCCUUUUAGCUCUACUACACCAUGUAGAUCUGUUUCAGCUCCAGUUGCGUCACUGUUUUGAUGGGAAGCCAAACUGGGUACUAGUAUGAGAGGAGAUUACAAUUGAUUCACUCUGCGUUUUAUUUAUUUAUGUCUCAGAGAUCAGCUAUGAAAUACUGUAGCUCCCGUUCCAAUUUAGAUGUUUAUCAUUUUGAUUUAUUUUGUGGAUUUAGUGUGUUUUUAGUUGGUAAUUUGUGAAUGUUUAGGGCUUGCCAUUGGAGGAAAAAAGUGCAGGCCUUUUAAAAUGAAGAUAAGAUGGUUUUAGGCUGAUUCUGUCACUCUCAUCCUGUGUGUCUCAGCUGCACAUCUGCCUGUAAACUGCAAGGAUGACAGGAUUUAAUCUUCCAGCAGAUGUCAGUGUUUCAAGCCAUAAAUUUGUCCAAAACCUUAAUGAGAUGAAUUUGGAACAAAAUUGUGAACCUACAGUUUUUUCCUCCCACCUGUCCUGUUUUAUUAUUUAUGUUGGUGUUAUAUUUGAUUUGAGCAUCUAGCUAGAGUUGAAUGUUGACUGAAAUUAUUUUGCUCAGUUUCAUUUCAUCAUGCAAAACAACUUGGCACAUUUUCAAAAAUACUUUAUUAAUCCCAAAGGAAA